UUUUUUUAAAAAAAAAAAAAAAUUCAGUUCCCCUGGCCCGGUCCGCGGAUGGCUUCGCUCCCCGUCGAGUUCUGCUGCAGGUCUUUUUGUUCCUGCGCCUGCGCCUGCCGGACGGCGGUUUCAGGGCCUUGCGGUGGAGAGCUGAGGCUGCUGCAAGGACUCGGGAUGUCCGCUGCGGAUGCCGGGCCGGGUUCCUGAAUACUAUAGUACUUGGUUUACGUGCAUCUGCAGUCUCAUUGUGGGUAUGGUGAUCGUGCGAUUGUGCGAUCGUGCUGGUUUCUGUCAGCUAGGGGAUUGGCGGUGUGGGUUUUGGAGGACAUCAGCGAAGAUCCAUGCCUGAAUUUUACUUGGGCUUUUCUUUUGUAGAUAAUUCAUGUCAGGCGCAGGGUGAAUCAAAUGUGCGAUACCUUGUAUGUCAUUCAUGACUAGGGGUUAAAGAAAGAUAGAAAUUAGCAUGAGUUACUAGGGCGGAAGAAACGCC